UUCGAUCAUACAACUUUAGCUGUUUCCUUGUAAUCAUUAUUAUUUUGAAAGACAAAUCCAUGUGAUUUCAUAUGUGUAUGUUUCUUCGAGUUCCAUAGAGAACCAUAGUUAUCCAUAUUUCUCAACAAUACACCAUUUCUUUAUAGCCUAUAUAUAUACAACACCAUUUCAUUAAUACUUGAAUAAUAACAGCAACAAGUCUUCAAAAUACUCUAGCUUUCUCAGGUUUCACUUGUUUCAAAUACUUUUCAAUAAGCAAGAUUCAGUUCAAAAAAAGAUGGCAAUCCGCCAAAUUUUGAGAAGAUCGUUAUCCAACGAAAGAAAGUCAGCUGAAGUUCCAAAGGGUCAUUUGGCAGUGUAUGUUGGGGAGAGUGAAAAGAAGCGUUUCGUAAUUCCAUUAUCUUAUUUGAACCAUCCUUCGUUUCAAGAUUUGUUGUGCCGAGCUGAAGAAGAAUUCGGAUUCCAUCAUCCAAUGGGUGGACUAACCAUUCCUUGCAGUGAAGAUCUAUUUGUUGAUCUAACCUCUCAUUUGAGCAGAACAUGAUAUACAUAUGGAUGUAUACGUGUUUAGGGGGAUCACAAUUUUGUAAAAUUAGUUUUUCUUUCGAGAAGGAAUUCAAUCUUCUUGUUUUCAUGAAAAGAAAUGUAUAGAAGCACAAAA